AUGGAACCCAACAGCUCCUCCUCUUCAGCCUCGGCCUCAGCGGCUUCAGGCUCGAGAUGGAACCCAACCAAAGACCAGAUCGCCAUCCUCGAGUCUCUCUACCGUCAAGGCCUCCGCACGCCGAGCACCGAGCAAAUCCAGCAGAUAACAGCGAGGCUGAGGGAGUUCGGGACGACAGAAGGGAAGAAUGUGUUCUAUUGGUUUCAGAAUCACAAGGCGAGGCAACGGCAGAGGAUGAAGCAGGAGAGCUACUAUAUCUUGAAAACUAGCUUAAUUAUCGUUGUUUGUGGACCCUACUGCUUGCCAGUCACCCAAGGCGGAGCUCAUGUCGGGUUGUACCCCAAUAUGUUCAUGUCCAGACCCGUACCCGUUAGCCCAAUCGAGCAAAAUCAGCUGCAAAGGAUUAACGAGCAGCGACUUGCUAAUGAAAACAACGGGAACUACACUAACGGUGAUGAUAUUGAGACGCUGCAGCUUUUCCCCUUGCACCCGACUGGAAUCCUCGAAGCUCAUGAGAGAUCUGAGUGCCCCCUCAUCGCCUCUGCGUCGACAGUGGAGCCUGAUCAAGGAGUGGAGGAAGAAGACGAGGGGAGUGAGAACAACAACGUCCCUCCCUUAAUGUUCAACUUCUUUGGUUAA